UAGAGCCGGAGAGACUCAGAGAGGAGUCGGAGGGGAGGCCCUGAGAACCAGGAGGGGAGAGGCACACGGGGAUCCGUGCCAGGCCCAAGGGCGGCAGGUGCCAGGGGCAUUUAGGCUCAGCCCUAAGAGUGCCCAGCGGCAGCGGUUUCUCCGAGCAGACCUGUGUGUGGCGUCUGAGUGUGCCCGGGUGUGUCUCACCCAGUGAAAGCCAUGUGUGCCACGGGGAGGGCCCCGGCACGGGUUGUGUUUUUGUCACUGGGAGUGUCUGUGUGUGUGGUUUGGUGUCUCCGGGUGUGUCUGUGUGGGUUGUGUUAGUGUGUUGCCAGGCACGUCUGUGCAUGUCUCAUUUCCCUGUGGCUGGCGGGCCCAGGUUUCCGCAUGACCUAGGACACGAAAGAGGAGAGGGGUUAUGGCUCUGUGUUCCCCCAAGCGUGGUGUCCCUGGGGCCACCGGUGUGUCGGGAGAUCAGUGUGUGAUGCUGUGCGAGGUGAGUGUGUCACCGUGCCAGGGUGUCCCCGUGUGUUGCUGUAGGAGGCUUUGGAUCUGUGCCUCCCAGAUGUGGUCAGACCCUGCACUGUGUGUGCUGUUCUGUGUGUCCGUGUGUGGUGUGUGUCUCUCUGGGCGCUGUAUGUGUAAAGCUGUGGGUCAUUCAGUGAGGUGACCGUUUGUAUUAUGUGGAGGUGCCUGUCCUUGGUGGGGGCCUCUCCUUUCCCUGCCGGUAUCGGCCCGGGUGCCCACACUCAGAGUGUGCUGUGUUUGUGAGGUUGUGUAUUGCAUUGUGCCGCAGGGUGUCCUCUGGUGUUCUGUGUGGGGUUGUUGCAGGCCUAUCAGCUGUGUCCGUGGGUCCCAUCUGCUGAGUCAUGUGACACGUGGUGUUUGUCAAAGGCGGUGCGGGGCAGUGCGGUGUGGAUGUGGUUCGUGUUGCUGUGUCUUUGCGCAUUUCCCUGUGUGUGCUGCAUCUGCGUGGUCGUGCGUGGUGCAGUAUAUGGAGGGCAGGGCCAUGUGUGGCUGCCGUACACGGUGCCUGAAUGUGGCUUCUCCGUCAGAGGCGGUGGCGCAUGUUUUCCUCUGUACACAUUGCAUUUGGGUCCUGGGGUGCAUGGAGCCUGUGCCCCCUUCCCAGGGGCACCAUUCUGGGCUGUGUCCUCUGUGAUGUCUUCCUUUGGGCCCGUGCUGUUAGGGAUUCUGUGUAUCGCUGUACAGUGCAGGGCUCUGCCUGCGUCCAUUCACACUGCUCUCCGAUUACACACUAGAAUGGCACAUGUACGGGGCACACUGUGUGUGCUGUGAGCCAGCCUCUGAGCAUCCGUGUCAGUCGCCAUGUGCAUGACGUGUGUCCGUGUGCAGUUUUCCAUGUGCUGGCUGAUGGGGACUGCCGUGGGGUGUCCCUAAGUGUUGUGUGUCUGCACGUGUUGGAUAUCAUUCCCCAGGUAUGUAAUGCGUGGGACACUGAGAGUGCACUGUUAACACCGAUAUAUGUGUGUGCGGCGUUUGGGCACCGCUAUGUCAACACAAUCUGUGUGUUUGCGGAACACUUGCUAUAUGUUGUGCUUGUGUAGCUUAUGUAUGUGCAUCCAGUAUGUGGUGUCUGGGUGUGGCUGGGAGUGUCAGGCAAUGUUGUGCCCAUUUUGAUCGCAAUGUCUGUGCCCGUGUGUAGACGAUAUUUGGGUGGCUGUGUGUGCCACGGGCGCUGUCUGCUUCUUCGCUGAGUGCAGGAGUGUGUCACACCAUGGAUGUGGUGUCUGGGUGUGGCUGUGGGUUUCAGAACUUGUUGGGAGUUGUGAGUCACUUGGUGUAGGUUGUGUUGUGUGGCCAUGUGUGUUCGGUUCUGUCUCUGACCACGCUGGGUGUGCUGGUGUCACAUGGGGCCUGGGCGUGGCUAGAUGUAGGUGUGUGUUACACAGUGCAGGCCGUUGUGUGUGACCAUUGUGUCAGUGUGUCUUUAUCCACGAGGAUGCACGAUUCUUCCUUGCUCUGCCCCAAGACACACUCCAGCCCCUCCUUAGACUGAGAAGCGGGGUUGGGGAGCCUCCCCUCUGCCCAAGGGCCUCCCGGCCCCUCCCUGCCCUGCCCAGCAGACACCACCCCCAGAGGGCACCGGCUCCCUGUGCCUCAAAGCGAGAGCCCCAGAGCAACUGAGCGGAGCAGGCUGAGGACCUGCAAGCCACAGUGGCUGCCCUUUGUGUGCUGCGAGGUGGGGGACCCUGGGCAGGAAGCUGGCUGAGUCCCAAGACCCAGGGGGCCAUGGGCGGGGAGCUGGUGCCUGGCCUGGGAGCCCUUCGGCGGCGAAAGCGCCUGCUGGAGCAGGAGAAGUGGCUGGCCUGCUGGGCACUGACUCUGGCGGGAAUUGGCAUCGGGCUCAUGGUGCUACACGCGGAGAUGCUGUGGUUCGGAGGGUGCACGUGGGCGUUCUACCUGUUCCUGGUUAAGUGCACCAUCAGCAUCUCCACCUUCUUGCUCCUUUGUUUCAUCUUGGCCUUCCAUGCCAAAGAGGUCCAGGUAGGGUGGGCCCCGCCCCAACCCCUUCCUUUUGCCGCCAGCCCCCACCACGCCCUGUCAGCUCACACUUUCCAUCCUCCUCCUCCUCCUCCUCCUGGGCUGAGUAAUGAGGUUCCUCUGAGGCAGGCUGUUAAUGCCACCGGCCACCUUUCGGACACUCUGUGGCUGAUCCCCAUCACAUUCCUGACCAUCGGCUAUGGGGACGUGGUGCCGGGCACCAUGUGGGGCAAGAUUGUUUGCCUCUGCACUGGAGUCAUGGGAGUCUGCUGCACAGCCCUGCUGGUGGCGGUGGUGGCUCGGAAGCUGGAGUUCAAUAAGGCAGAGAAGCAUGUGCACAACUUCAUGAUGGACAUCCAGUAUGCCAAAGAGAUGAAGGAGUCAGCGGCCCGAGUGCUACAAGAGGCCUGGAUGUUCUACAAACAUACACGCAGGAAGGACUCUGGAGCUGCCCGCAGGCACCAGCGCAAGCUGCUGGCUGCUAUCAACACGUUCCGCCAGGUGCGGCUGAAACACCGAAAGCUCCGGGAACAAGUGAACUCCAUGGUGGACAUCUCCAAGAUGCACAUGAUCCUGUGUGACCUGCAGCUGGGUCUGAGCAGCUCACAUCAGGCCCUGGAAAAGCGCAUUGACACCCUGGCAGGGAAGCUGGACACCCUGACGGAGCUGCUUAGCACUGCCCUGAAGCAGCUCCCGGAACCCAGCCAGGAGGCCACAUAGCUGGAUCCAUGGAGGAAGAACCGGGCUACUUUCCCCAGGAUUGAGGUCAAGGACAUGCUCUCUUCCACUCCUGACCCAGCCCUAUGACUAAAACACCUCAAGUGCAAGGACUCAAGGGGCCCCACCUUGGGGUGGGUUGACUCACUGAAGCUGCUGGAGGCGACACUGGCUGUAGGAGGGAGGCCGUGGCCCAUCCCUGAGGCCCCAGAUGGGAAAAUGGUCACCACUACCCCACAUACCCUCCACAAAAACAUCCUCACUGUGCUGCUACAGCUGACCCCCAGCUUCUGCAGAAGUGGAGGUGCCUGGGGGCUGAGACGGCUGCGGCCCAGAGUCCAGGAUCCUGGGGAGCCUCAGUUACCGCUGGUCGGCAGAGCUGAAGGAGCCAGGCCUGAAGCUGGGACAAGGCAGGAGGUGGCGCCCCCUGGUGGGAGAGCAGGAGGACACUAUUUUUCUAGAGUUGCAGAGAAUAUGGUGGGAGAGGAGGUGGAGGGGGUGAAGGGGCUCACCAGUCUCUGUUCUUAUACUUUGUAAUAAAUUUUAAACAAAGAC